UCAGACAACAAUGACCUCUGUCGACGUCACCAAGCUCAACCCCCUCUCCCCAGAGGUCAUCGCCAAACAGGCAACAAUCAACAUCGGAACAAUCGGCCACGUAGCCCACGGAAAAUCCACCGUCGUAAAAGCCAUCUCCGGCGUCCAAACCGUCCGUUUCAAGAACGAGCUCGAACGCAACAUCACCAUCAAACUCGGUUACGCAAACGCCAAGAUCUACAAAUGUCAAAAUGAGGCCUGCCCGCGUCCUGGAUGUUAUCGUUCGUACCGCUCGGAUAAGGAGGCGAAUCCGUUGUGUGAGAGGAGGGGAUGUGGUGGGAAGAUGGAGUUGGUGAGACAUGUUUCUUUCGUGGAUUGUCCUGGUCACGAUAUUCUUAUGGCUACUAUGCUUUGUGGUGCUGCGGUCAUGGAUGCCGCGCUUCUUCUUAUCGCUGGUAACGAAUCUUGCCCGCAGCCGCAGACUUCGGAGCAUUUGGCUGCUAUUGAGAUCAUGAAGCUCCAACACAUCAUCGUGUUGCAGAACAAGGUGGACUUGAUGAAGGAGGAUGCAGCCCUCGCACACCACGAGUCAAUCUUGAAGUUCAUCAAGGGUACCGUCGCAGAUAAAGCCCCCAUCGUUCCUAUCUCAGCCCAGCUCAAGUACAACAUCGACGCUGUGAACGAGUACAUCGUCAAACGCAUCCCCGUCCCCAUCCGCGACUUUGCCUCCGAGCCCCGUUUGAUCGUCAUCCGAUCCUUCGACGUCAACAAGCCUGGUUGCGAUGUCGAUGAUCUCAAGGGUGGUGUCGCUGGUGGUUCGAUUUUGCAGGGUGUCUUCAAAGUCGGAGACGAGAUCGAGGUUAGGCCUGGUAUCGUCACCAAGGACGCUGAGGGCAAGAUCAAGUGUACCCCGAUCUUCUCCCGCGUCGUGUCUUUGUUCGCCGAACACAAUGAUCUCGAAUUCGCCGUCCCCGGUGGUCUCAUCGGUGUCGGAACCCGUGUUGACCCAACCCUCUGCAGAGCAGACCGUCUCGUCGGACAAGUAUUGGGAGCAAAGGGCAAACUCCCCUCCAUCUACACCGAAAUCGAAAUCAACUACUUCCUCCUCCGCCGUCUCCUCGGUGUCAAAACCACCGGCGACUCCUCCUCCAAGGCCGCAAAGGUCUCCAAGCUCGCCAAAAACGAGGUCCUCAUGGUCAACAUCGGUUCGACCUCGACUGGUGGCCGUGUUGUGAGUGUGAAGGGUGAUUUGGCGAAGUUGAUGUUGACGAGUCCGGCGUGUACGGAGAUUGGAGAGAAGAUUGCGUUGUCGAGACGUAUUGACAAGCAUUGGCGUUUGAUUGGGUGGGGUAAGAUUGUUGGUGGCAAGGAGUUGCAGUUGGAUGAGAACUAG